UAAUUGUUUUUAGCUGUAAAGUUCAAACUAUUAAUUAACUUAAUUACGAGAAUUGCUUAAUGUUGAGAACAAGUUUAAGAUGGUACUGUAAUCACCAACGAAAAAUAAUGAUGACAAUUUGACCGUGAUGAAGGAAUUUAUCAUAACUUUUGGAAGCAUCGGGUUUGAUCACCCAACUCAAUUUGACCAUUAAAUAAUCUUAGUACAAAUUAGAAGAAAAAUACAAUAAAAACAAAAAGUGAAGUUAGGAACAAAAGGAUAUAUUAAUUUAACACAAAAACAUCAUUAAGCUAUCACAUUAACGACACAUGGUUCAUAAGUUCCCCCACCCUACACUACCCUAAGCCUUUUUAUUUUAGUUAUCUUUAACCUUUCUAUAUAAUUCCCCAUUAACACCAUUUAUUAAUGUUUAUAGUUACAUCUAAUACUAUAUAUUAAUAUUUCCAAAUCCUCCCUACCUCGGGAUACGUCUCGUCGUAUAAAGCAAAGCAUAUCAAACGAUCAUUCCCGACAAACAACAAAACAAACAAAGCAAAGCUCUCUACAGCUAAGUCAACAUAACAAUGAGUUUCUUCCCAUGUUCUUGUCCUCUGUCUUGCAAUAAAACAAGAUCAGAAUGUCAAAAGAAAUCUACUCAUCACCAAUCAGAACCAUCCACGUCGGUAUCACUUCUGUCUCAACCAAGUCUCCCACUAGUUCCUUCUCUUUCUUCUCCGCUGCAAAGCUCCACCGUCGAGCACCAGUGCCUAGCCACUCUCACAGAUCACUCCUCGUACGUCUCUUCUCUCGCCCUCUCCCGGAAAUCACUCUUCACCGGCUCUUCUAACGGUGAGAUACGUGUAUGGCCUCGUGAACAACCGUUCUCAUCCACCGGUAACAUAGUUGGCGCCGGAAGCGGAGGGGUUAAGUCGUUGGUGAUACUUGGAGACAGGCUGAUAAGCGCUCACCAGGAUCACAAGAUUCGUGUAUGGAAGAUCAUCGACGAUAGUAAUAAGUACAAAUGCGUGGCGACUCUUCCGACGAUGAACGACCGUUUCACUAGCCUCUUCAGUCAGAAAAGCUACGUGGAAGUCCGACGGCACAAGAAGUCCACGUGGGUACACCACGUGGAUGCCGUUUCAUCUCUAGCCUUGUCACAAGACGGCUCUCUGCUUUACUCUGCUUCGUGGGACAGGAGUUUCAAGAUAUGGAGAGCAUCCGACUUCAAAUGCUUGGAGUCUAUAGAAAAGGCUCACGACGACGCCAUCAACGCCAUCGUGGUGUCUAGAGACGGGUUUUGCUACACGGGUUCGGGAGAUAAGACGAUCAAAGUAUGGAUCAAAAAGGACAAGAGUCACUCUCUGGUCGCUACUUUAAAGAAACAUCUCUCGGCGGUGAACGCUUUGGCCGUUAGUGAGGACGGAAAGGUUCUUUACUCAGGAGCGUGUGAUAGGUCGAUUCUUGUGUGGGAGAGGCUAAGCAACGGAGAUGGUGAUGAUGAUGAGUUACAUAUGACUGUGGUGGGAGCUUUAAGAGGGCACACGAAAGCGAUUAUGUGUUUAGCGGUUGCGUCUGAUUUGGUGUUGAGUGGAUCAGCAGAUAAGAGCUUGAGGGUUUGGAGGAGAGGGUUAUUGGAGAAAGAUGGUUAUUCUUGUUUAGCGGUUUUGGAAGGACACACCAAACCUGUUAAGUGUUUGGCUGUCUCGGUUUCUGGUUCCGGUUCGGAUUCUAAUUCUGAUUAUUCUUGUAUGGUUUAUAGUGGGAGUCUUGAUCUUUCUGUUAAGGUUUGGAACUUGAGGGUCUCGACUGUUUAACAGUCUUUGUCAUGACCCUUGAGUAGUCUCUCUUACAUUUGUCAAUAUACUUUAUGAAUUUGUUAUCUGAUAAUGGAAAUAUGUAGGGUUAGUCCUAAA